GUCGAGUUGGCUCGAUCUCGGCGGGAUAGCGGAAUAAAAUUGACAUCGUGAAGCCGACGGUGUAAUAAAAGGGAGGCGGCUGUGUUUUUCAGCAAAAAGCGGUACCCUCGAAUCGUUUCUCGGAGGAUAAAUCGCAAUUCGCACAUGAAUACGGAGAGAUUUGGCUGAAAUCGUUGGCCGAUUAUAUCGCAGUAAUCGCUGAUAGCGACUUCUCGUCGCGUUCGAUUGCGAGGAUCUAGGGACUGAGGCCCAGAGAUGAUCCUGCAGGCCCAGGGCCUCGUCAUCCUUGCGAUUGCGGCCGUUUUCGCCCGCGGCGAAAUCCUUACACCGCCGUAUUUCAACUUGGCGGAUGGCCGGGAAAUUAGCGCCACUGCGACUUGCGGUGUCGAUACUCCGGGGCCAGAACUUUACUGUAAACUUGUUGGCGCCAACGCGGAUCAGGACGAGGAUAUCAACUUGAUACAGGGACAGGUAUGCGAUUAUUGCGAUCCAAACGAUCCGUUGAAGCGACAUCCUCCAGAAUAUGCCGUCGAUGGUACUCAAACUUGGUGGCAAUCACCGCCAUUAUCUCGUGGAAUGAAGUACAACGAAGUAAAUCUCACCAUCAAUUUAGGCCAGGAAUUUCACGUCGCAUACGUUUACAUCCGUAUGGGCAACUCCCCUCGUCCCGGAUUAUGGGCACUCGAAAAGUCGAAGGAUUACGGAAAGACGUGGUCGCCAUGGCAGUACUUUUCCGAUUCGGAGAACGACUGUCUUACAUAUUUUGGCGUGAACAGUCGCGAAGGAAUAAAAAGAGACGACAGUGUGAUUUGUACCACGGAAUAUUCGAAGCUGGUUCCGUUGGAAGGCGGAGAGAUUCCAUUCUCCACUUUGACCGACAGACCUUCGGCCAACCAUUACUUCAACUCCUCGGUUCUGCAGGAGUGGACCAGAGCCACCAACGUCCGAUUUCGCUUUCUACGCACGAAGAACUUGUUCGGACAUUUGAUGUCCGUCGCUCGACAGGAUCCAACAGUCACCAGGCGUUACUUCUACUCCAUCAAAGACAUCAGUAUAGGUGGACGCUGCAUGUGUAACGGUCAUGCGGACACUUGCGAUGUUCAGGAUCCGAACAUUCCCGAUAAGCUUCUCUGUAGAUGUCAUCACAACACCUGUGGACCUCAGUGCGCAUCCUGUUGCAAGGGUUUCGAACAAAAGAAAUGGCGAAUAUCAACAGCGUCCAAGAAGUUCAUUUGCGAACCUUGCAAUUGUUUCGGUCAUACGGACGAGUGUCAAUAUGACCCUCAAAUCGAUGAACAACAUUUGUCACUGGAUAUCCAUGGGAAAUAUGAAGGAGGUGGCGUGUGCCAGAACUGUAAGCACAACACGGAGGGUAUAAAUUGCGACCGUUGUAAGGCAGGCUUCUACAAACCGUACGACAAACAUCUCAAUGAAACUGAUGUCUGUCAGCCUUGCAAUUGUGAUUUAUCAUUUUCCACUGGAAACUGUGCGGAAGGUUCAGGAAAGUGCGAAUGUCGUCCGGAAUACGUGGCUCCUGAUUGUACGGAAUGCAGUUAUGGUUACUUCGGUUAUCCGAAGUGUCGGCCUUGCGAAUGUCAUCUCAAAGGAACAGAUGGUUAUCAUUGCGAGGCUACGGACGGCCAUUGUCCAUGCAAAGAAAACUACGCGGGACAUUACUGUAACUUGUGUGCAGAAGGAUACUACAACUUCCCUGACUGCCUGCCAUGCGGCUGCAAUGAUUUAGGAGCGACCGACGAAUUUUGUGACGUGACAAGUGGAAACUGUACGUGCAAAAACAAUUACGCUGGAAGAGCGUGCGAUGUUUGCGAGAACGGUUAUUUCAACUACCCAUCGUGCAGGUUCUGCGAUUGCGAUGCGCAAGGUACUCAAGGCGAAAUCUGCGACAAGACGAACGGCCAAUGUUUGUGUAAAGAAGGUUAUGGCGGACCUCGUUGUGACAAGUGUCUGACUGGAUUCUUCGGGUACCCGAAUUGUCAACCAUGCAAGUGUAGUACCAAUGGUUCUCCGUUCACAUCUUGUGACGUGAAAGGAACCUGUUCGUGUUACGUAAACUUUUCGGGAAAAACUUGCGACCAGUGUAGCCCAGGGUAUUACAAAUAUCCUGAGUGUAUAGAUUGCAAAUGUGACAAUCACGGUGCAAUUGGUCUCUCAUGUGACGCUGAAGGCAAGUGCCAGUGUCACGAGAAUUUCGACGGUCUAAGGUGUGACAAGUGCAAGGAAGGCUUCUACAACUUCCCGACCUGUGAAGGAUGCAACUGCGACCCAGCUGGUGUGAUAGAAACAUUCCAAGGAUGCGGUUCAGUGCCCAUCGGAGAACUAUGUCAGUGUAAAGAGAGGGUAGCGGGCCGAAUUUGCAAUGAAUGCAAGCCGUUAUUUUGGAAUUUACAACCAAGAAAUCCGCAAGGAUGCGAAGAGUGCCAGUGCAAUAUUCCUGGUACAAUUGCAGGGAUUGGCGAAUGUGACACAAAGUCUGGUCAAUGUAUUUGCAAAACGGCAGUUACUGGCAGGGGAUGCACCCACUGCUCGGAUGGGAUGUACAAUCUGCAAGAAUACAACUUGUUCGGAUGCGAUAAUUGCGCAUGUGACGUUGGCGGCUCGAUAAAUCCAAUUUGCGACAAACAAUCGGGACAAUGUUAUUGCAGACCUCGAGUAACAGGGCGCAUGUGCAACAAGCCGUUGCAAGCUCAUUACUUCCCUACCUUGCAUCAAUUCCAGUACGAAGUUGAAGACGGUAGAACACCGAGCAACAAUCCGGUUCGUUACGGUUUUGCUGAGGACUUGUUCCCCGGUUAUAGUUGGAAAGGAUACGCCGUCUUCUCUCCUCUCCAAGAUAAAAUUAUACAGGAUGUGCACAUUCAGAAGUCGACGUUGUAUCGAAUGGUUCUACGGUACAUUAAUCUGAACCACAAUCCGAUUUCCGGGUUGAUCAAAAUCACUCCUGAGCACUCGCACGACACUGAGCAGGAAUUUACGGUUGUAUUUAAACCAACUUCGAAGCCGAUGUUUGUAACAGUUGCUGGAUCUUCGGGGACAGUUCCAUCACCCCUAGUAAUGGAUCCCGGUCGUUGGGACAUCAGCAUUUCAACAAAGUCGAGCUUACUUCUCGAUUACUUCGUUCUUCUACCAGCAGCCUACUACGAAGCUACUAUUCUGACUCAGGAGGUCAAGCGGCCUUGCGAAAUAGGGUACAACGGACUCUGCAGACACUUUAGCUAUCCAAGCUUGUCGACUUUCGAUACUGUCCGGGGAGACGCAGGCUAUUCAAUUCAGGAUAACCAAAGAGAACGGUUGACGGAAUAUUUCACUGACCGUGCAGCUCUCAAUGAGCUUGGUGAAAAACGUGUUGCACUAAUUAAUGAUAAACAACAGGAAAUACAUUACGACGUACGGAUAUCGAAACCUGGAAUUUACAUUCUAGUUGUAACUUACAUCACGCCAAUUUCGAACGACCAAAUAGCGACUGUCCUUGUCGAAGCGAAUGCAUCAUACAACGGAAAAGUGAUGCUUUACCCGUGCAGAUAUACCUCUGUGUGCAGACAAGUUGUAACUGACAAAUACGGAAGAGUCACUCCUCUGCAACUUCCAUCCAAUUACGUAAGCGUCAUUUUAUCUGCAGAACCGUACACGGAUAGUGCCAUUGUAUCUAUCGUCGCUAUUCCUUACGAGAACUGGUCCCUGGAUUAUAUCAAACCAAAAUCUGUCUGCGUGCGCAAAGGUGGGAAGUGUGUACAAGGAAUCUUUCCCGAAGCUUCCGACGCCAAACACAUCGAGUUCGAAGUGGGCAAUGAGAUUUUGGAAGUAGGCAGCAGGCCUCCCGGCAUUUAUGACAACUCUACAAAAUUGAUCUAUCUUAGUAACAACAACACUAUGAUAGAUAUUAAGGCCAAAGUACCUCUACCCGGGGAAUACGUAUUUGUUGUACAAUAUUUCCAACCAGAUCAUCCGGAAUUUGAAUUGGACGUGCUAGUUCAAAACGGCAAGUUUUACGAGGCCAAAAUACCUUUGCCAAAUUGCCCAAGCAACAGUGGUUGUCGUAGCAUUGUGCACCAAUCCAAUGGCGAGACGAAGUUUGAUUUGAUAGAAAACUUCAUGAUCACAUUCAAAAAGGGUGCUGGUGAUAACGCCGUCUGGCUUGACUACAUAUUGGUAAUUCCGGCUGGUCCACGCGUGCAAGAGACACUGCAGAAGAUACAAUUUGAUCAAACUAAAGAGUUUAUAAAGAAAUGUGGGACCAACCAUUUCCACAUCAACAUUACGGACGACGGCUUUUGUCGGGACUCAGUUUUCUCACUGACCGCCGAUUAUAACAACGGGGCGCAACCCUGUAACUGCGAUGUCGAAGGAACGUUGAGCUUCGAAUGCCAGGAAUUCGGUGGUCAAUGUUCUUGCCGACCAAACGUCAUCGGCAGACAGUGUGAAAUUUGUAAAACUGGCUUUUACGGAUUUCCUGAUUGCAAACCGUGCAAUUGUCCCAGCACCGCGAAUUGCGCUCCUGAAACUGGAGAGUGCAUUUGUCCACCGAACGUAAGCGGGCAACGUUGCGACGUUUGCAAGCCAAGAACUUACGGUUUCGAUCCAAUUAUAGGCUGUGAAGAUUGUAACUGCGACCCGAACGGAGUAAUUGACAACGAUUUACAGUGUAAUCUGUACAAUGGAAACUGCAACUGCAAGGUGAAUGUCAUCGGCCGCCAAUGCGACAAGUGCAGGCCUGGUUACGCCGAAUAUCCUUAUUGCAUUGAAUGCGAAUGCGAUAUCCGGGGAACGACCGCGGACAUUUGCGACCAAAAAACGGCCGAAUGUUUCUGCAAAUCAAAUGUUCAAGGGUCUGGUUGCGACGUGUGCGCAGAGGGUACUUUCGACAUCCAACUAAACAACCCGAACGGCUGUACAAAAUGUUUCUGCUUUGGCAAAACAACCCGUUGUUCAUCGGCCAGUCUUUACAAGACUUACGUAACAGACAUGAAUAACUGGAAAGCGGCGAUAAUAAAUGAAAAAAUUGGCAACGUAACGAUACUGAAAAACGUUCCGAUCAGCCAGAAUAAUUCUCAAAUUUUCAUGAGCUUGACCCAUAACGAAACUUUCGAAAACACCAUCUACUUCUCAGCGCCAGACACAUACCUCGGUAAAAGGUUGACAGCCUACGGCGGUUACCUGAAAUACUUAAUUUAUUACACCACUGGCCCAUUUGGCGAGGCUGUGGCAGGUGCAGACGUUAUUUUAUACGGGGCAAACACGUAUCUGCUAUAUUCCGGAGACGAACAGCCUCCGUCUUCAAUGGAUUUCGAAGCUUCGGUUCAGAUAGUGGAAACCAAUUUCAGAACACUGAAUGAUCUGGACGCGACGAGAGAUCAAAUAAUGGUCGUACUGGAAGACUUGCAAGGAAUUUACAUCCGUGCCAAAUAUUGGCAGCCAAGUGUCAUGAUAUGGUUGUCGUACGUAACGUUGGACGAUGCCACAGAGACCUAUUCCUCGAGCAGUAGCGUAAUAGCCAGCAGUGUGGAACAGUGUCACUGUCCUCCGAAUUACAAAGGCCUAUCUUGCGAAGAAUGUGCCACAGGAUAUUACAGAGUAUCCUCAGGACCUCACGGCGGCUACUGUGUUCCUUGCCAAUGUAACGAUCAUUCCAACACGUGCGACGUUAACACCGGUCGUUGUUACGACUGCAAGCACAGUACAACUGGAGACCAUUGCGAGUUGUGCGAAAUCGGUUACUACGGCAAUGCGACUGUUGGAACUCCGGGCGAUUGCAACAUUUGUGCCUGUCCGUUGCCAAUAGCAUCGAACAACUUUGCCAACAGUUGCCAGGUGAACGAAGAAGGUGACAAGAUCAGCUGCGAUUGUCUCGAAGGGUAUUACGGCGCCCGCUGCCAGUCAUGCUCGGCUGGUUUUUACGGUAGACCCCAAGAAGUCGGGGACUAUUGCAAACCCUGCCAGUGCUCGGGAAACAUCGAUCCGGAAGACGAGCAUUCGUGCGACUCCAUCGACGGGACAUGUCUCGCAUGUUUACACAACACUUACGGCCAGGCGUGCAAUCUUUGUGCUCCAGGCUUCUACGGCGACGCGGUACAACUCAAAGACUGCCAAAGCUGCAUAUGCGACACUUGCGGAAUGACAAGGUGCAACAACUACAACGGAAGCUGCGAGUGUCACCCGAAUGUCAUCGGAGAGAAAUGCGACCGUUGUGCCGAUAACCAUUAUGGAUUCAAGUCAUGCCAAGGGUGUCUGCCAUGCGAUUGUGGAGUUGCAUCGUACAGUAGCCAGUGUGAUGAUGACACUGGAAAGUGUCGUUGUGCGCCUGGAGUCACCGGCAGGCAAUGUGACCGCUGUACUCCCGGAUACUGGAAUUACGGACCCAGUGGAUGUGAAUCAUGUGGGUGUAACACUGAAUAUUCCAUCGGUGCAUCUUGCGAUGCCGAAACUGGGCAUUGCACGUGUCUUCCGGGAGUGAUAGGCGAUAAGUGUGAUAAAUGUCCGCACCGUUGGGUACUCAUUGAACAAGAAGGCUGCUUCCAAUGUGAUUCUUGUGCUCACGAUCUCCUCGAUGACACCGAUCGUCUUGCUGAACAAUUGGUUCCUAUUGUUCAAGAAUUCAAAACCGUUGCAGCAGGCUAUUUCACGAAUCGCCGUUUGCAAUUCAUAAACGAAACAGUCGAUCAACUGGACAAACAAGUCCAGCUGCUGAAUCCGAGCCGAGUAGAUUUCGUGCCUUUGCAAAAGGAAAUUUCGCAACUUGAUCAAGACGUACAAAAUCAACGACGCAAGGUGGAAUACAUAUCUGAAAAUAGUGAGAAAUGGGCGGAGGGCGCAAUGAAUACGUCGGUAGAGAUGAAAUUGUUGGAAAAAGAUGCAGCCAAAGAGAUAGACCGUGUAAACGUGAUUGUAGAUGAAGUGAAAAGCUUGGCACUGAACAUAGACCAGGGUACCGGGCCAAAAGUUGAUAACGCAUUGAAGGAAGCUAAAGAGAUUAUUAAAAAAAUUGAAGGCGUUUCAUUCCGCAGUUUUCGCGACAAAGCGAACGAUCAGGUAGAUCGUGCUAAUAUUUUGUUGACAGAGAUGGAACAAAAUAAUAUUCCUAUCACGAAUUUGAGUACAGUCGUCAUGGAUUUGAAUAAAAAAGUGGUAAACCUGACCAACAAAAUAGACGACAUGAUGAAUAAUACUCAGAUGACGCAAUUAAAUGCCAACGUUGCUGAGAGAUUGAACUUGGAGAAUAGAAUAGCCCAAGAAACGGGGAACUUUGACACAGCCAAGAACUCCACCAACGAAGCGCAAGAAGAUCUGAAUGCUGGAAAAGAACUGAACGAGAAUGCAACGAGAUUUUUGAACCAGGCUAUUAAUUUUAUCAACACAAUUAAAGAGGAUACCCAACGGGAUGUUCGUUCAAAAUUGAACGAAACUACGUACGGCAAUGACCAAAUUUUAGUAGAUGUUCUCGACUUGGUUAAGAAUGCGACAAAACAUGCUGAAACAUUGAACCAAUAUUCUCUCGAUUUGGAUGGCAUACUUACCGAUACCCGAAACACAAGCGCUGUGAGAGCUGCUUCUGCUUACAAGGAUAUCUCAGAAACAAUUAACGGAGCUUACGAAGCGGCCGUAGAUGCUAUCAAAGCUGCAAAUAAUGCUACGCAGCUUUCUGACGGAAUUGGAGGAAGAACAUUGACAUCUCAAAACAGAUCACAGGAAUUGUUGGAUAUGGCUAUAAACGCUCUCGAUCAAACUGAGGGAUCACUUGAGGAUGAUUUAAUUGAGACGCAAAAUGAUGUCAGCAGUAUAGAUAAUCAAAAUCGCAAUAACACUGCAGAGCUGGACCGUAUAGAGAGUGUUCUAACGGGGCUUUCACCCGAGUCUUCAUCACCGUUGGCUCAACAAUUCAUGGACAAGGCUGAUAAAGUACAAGACGUAACACAGCGCGCGAUCAAUGACAUGAAAGGAACUGUCGAAAAACUACCGGAAGAUCUCGUCGACGCGAAAAAACUUUCCAAGGAUAUGGAGGAUUCGAUACACGAUAUAUCGCAAGCGAAUAAACAACUGGAUGUUGUAGAAAGGAUCGUUCCGAACAUUACAAAUUUGAUAAAUGACCUGGGAAGUAAACAAAGUUCAAUUGAGACGACGGGAAAGAUGUUACAGCAAAAAAUUGACGACCUGAAACACAGUAUUGCAAAUGCAAGAGAAUUAGCCGAUAUGAUCAAGAUUGGUCUGACCUUCUACAGGAAUACAACGUUGGAAUUGAAGAAUCCUGAGAGUCUGCCUCUAUUGGCAACAUCGACUAAAAUAUCCGCAUAUUUCAGAACGAAUCAAACUAACGGUUUCAUGUUAUACUUAGGAAAUGAACAAAAGAGCAAACAAUCUCGUUUUAAGACGAAUGACUUUAUGGCGCUUUUAGUCGAAAACGGCUACCCUGUGCUUGUAGUCGAUCUGGGAUCGGGACCAGAAAGAAUUAUCAGUAAUAGAUAUGUCGCUGACAAUGUUUGGCGGCAAGUUAUAGUCGAACGGACCGGCACAAACAUAAAGUUAAUCAUACGUGAAGAUAUCGGCGAGGGUAAAGAUGAACUAUUUGUCAAAGAACAAGUGAUUCCCGGUCCCUAUUCCAUAUUCAACUUGGAUCAGGAUCAAUCGAAGCUUUUCGUUGGAGGAUAUCCGGCAGCAUUCCAGAUUCAAAACGCAGUUACUUCGGCUUCGUUCGAGGGUGAAAUGGAAGAGUUGGUAAUCGGUGAUACACCCGUGUCAUUCUGGAAUUUCGUUUACGGAGAAAACAACAGGGAAGGAGCUGUGGAAAGAGACAAGCUGAUAAACUUCCAACCAAGCACCGGGUACAGAUUCGACGGCAACGGCUACGCAAUCAUCAGCAUAAAGCAGUCCCAAAUAUCUAUGGACGCUCAAAAGUUCAAUAUAAAAUUGAACUUCAAAACGUUCGCUGAAAAUGGUCUGAUGUAUUUGAUGGUUAACGGAAGAAACUUCUUCUCGUUGGAAAUGAAGGAUGGACAUGUACUCUACCAAUACAAUCUUGGUCAAUCAACCGCGUUUAUAAAGACAACGAAGACGUUCAACGACGGUAACUGGCAUAAUUUGAUAGCGUUGCGACAACAGAAACAAGGUACUCUUGAAAUCGACAAUUCUGGUAAAGUAUGGGGCGAAGUUAAGGGAGCAUCAACGACCUUCGAGUCCCAAGAUCGCAUAUACUUUGGGGGUCAUCCUACUCUGCAUUCUUAUUCAUCCGUCACAACGGAAGGCUUCGAGGGUUGCAUCGACCAAGUUUACAUAUCCGAUACUCAAGUCGAUCUUAGCAGUAGCACCCAAGCGUUUGGAGUUACGUCCGGAUGUCCCGUCAGGUUCGCGAGACUUGUCUCAUUCGAAGAAGGCAAUCCUGGAUACGUUAAAUGGGAAAAUGCGUCGGCACCAAAUUCUCUGAAAGUAAAUCUCAAGUUUAAAACUUCGGCGAAAUCGGGACUCAUAUAUUACGCCACGAAUGAUGACCAGUCGGCGGUAAGUAUGAUGUCCUUGAUGAAUGGCCGACUCUUUGUAAGGAGCCAAGGUGAAGAGCUCAGCACAAGCAAGGAUGGCAUUAAAUUCAAUGACAAUGAGUGGCACGUCGUAACGGCUACUCAUGACGAAAAAAGUCUCAGACUAGACAUUGAUGACAUCGAAAACUACAUCACAGAGAUACCACCACCUCCUUUGCACAUUCUAUACGGUAGCUUGUACAUCGGAGGAUUACCGCCUGAUUACAACGUCCAGAAACAGGGAAAUCUAUCGACUGUACCAUUCGUGGGUUGCAUCGAAGACGCGACGUUGAAUGGCAUCAUUAUCAACUUUGCCAACAGCACGGAUCGGCCUGGUGCAUUCCUCGGCAAAUGCAAAGGUGGCGAUCAACCAUCACGGCCACCGGCUGUCCAGACACAACGACCAGACGAAACAUGGACACCGGAACCAGUACCAGAUAUUCCCACACCUCCGAAACGUACAGAUGUAAACAUUCCAUUCGAAGAGAAUGACGGACUCAAUAAUAUCGAAGGUCGUCUUACAGUCGGACCCGUAACUUCGACUACACCAACCCCAGUAGUAGUUACUUCAGAACCAUUGAAGCCCGUUAUGACCCCGGCACCACGGACAGCUAAUGAAUGCCACCUGCCACAAUAUCCUGCCAACGAUUCUGAUGUAAAUAAUGGAUGGCGAUUUGGUACCAAGAAAAACAGCAGAUUCGAAUACAAUUCUCUUGGUGGCAGAUACAUGAACGAUUAUGAUAUACAAAUUGAUUUCAAAACAAUGGAGAACGAUGGUAUAAUAUUCUACAGCGCUGUCCUUGGUAAGCAGGACCUUAUUGCUGUAUACCUCAAGGAAGGCAAGGUUCAUUACAAAUUCGAUUGUGGCAGUGGACCUGCUUUGUUGAUUGGGGCGACAAAGACAAACAACAAUCAAUGGCACACGAUCGUAUUCAAGAGAAAGGGUAAUACUGGAGAGUUGGCUAUUGACGAUGAGCAAAUAAUACGUCAGAAUUCUGCGGGAGAUGCUACAAUGAUGGAUGUCAUUCCACCAUUUUACGUUGGAGGCUUCCGAUCCGAGUUAUCGGAUAACGUAUUCAGAUCCACGGGAAUUAAUUCCACGUUUAGUGGCUGUUUGAAGAGUUUCAUGAUGAAUGGAAACCUAGUAGGUGACCCAACUACGUCGAUUGGAGUUAUUCCAUGCUCCAAGUCGGUCGAACCUGGUCUAUUCUUCUAUCCAGGAAAUGGAUCAAAUUACUACAAGGACACGGAUAAACAUCAGUUCGGCGGCACAAUCGAUAUACAAAUGAAUAUCAAACCACGCACAAUUUCUGGGCAUUUAUUGUCAACUCACGGUAAACGUGAUUACUUAGUAUUGGAAAUGGACAAUGGUACCGUGAGAUUCCUCGUUAAAACACAAAAAGGAAUCAUCGAGACGUCGUUCCAACUGCCAAAUCGCAACUCGUUAUGUGAUGGAAAUUGGCACAGCAUUCGUGCUACGAGACAAAAGAAUGCAGUGCUUCUAUCGGUAGAUAACAAAUCCGCACCGCCUGGUACUGGUUCUAGAAACAUAUAUGGUGUUCAAUCGAAACAACCAAUAUUCAUUGGUGGCCAUCUAAGGUUAUCCAGAGCUCGAGGUUCGAAAAGUCGUCAGCAAUAUGUGGGGUGCAUCAACAAUGUUAUAAUCAAUAGCGUACCUCUCACCUUGAACCCAUUACGUGCCAAUGGUAAAGUAAUUACAGGGAUAUGUCCAACUAUUUAAGGCGUUAUACACGGCCAAGUAAAAUAGAGUAACACGCUAUGCUGGGUACCAAAAAUUAAAUUACAUUCGGGUAAUGAUGUAAGAAAUUGUUUGAGUAUAUAAUUAUGCUUUUUUUAAAGCAACGUCAUUACGAGUAUCAACAAUUUUUACCAAGUCAAUGCACCAGUUAUCCAAUUCUAUGAUUUUAAAACAACCAGAACGAUAAUUCUCAGUCUUAGAUUUGUUGAAACAGCCUUUGAGAGCAUUUAACAGUCGUAUACAUGUGUGUUGUAUUCAACAAGCGACAUCAAGUUCAUUAUUCGGCUUUCAUUGUAACGCCAUUAAAAUUCCAGCUGUAAUGGCUAGUGAAUUUUACUUGUAUGUUUUAAAAUGUUUUUUGUCUUUUAUUAUGUUGUUCAUAAUAAUAUAUCUGUGAAAUAAACAAACCGAAAGAUAUUUUUAAAUAACACAUAUAUCGUGUACAGUUUUUACUGUAUCAAACUCAAUAUUACAAAAGUUUGAGUAGGUGAAGUUACAUAAAAACGGUAUCAGUGAUUAGUUGUAGUCUUGAUGGGUUAUUUUCCCAAAAACAAACAUUCGACGUCUUUGUUCUUUUCUAGAUUAUAUAAUUUGGAAGUAUGUUAUUUUUUUAUAAUGGUAAAAAUACAUUUGACGCGUCGAGCAAUAUAUUAUGAAUCAUUUUACAGUGCA